AUGGAGUCGAAAUAUUUACAUCUGUACAAUUUACUCUUAUUGACUAUCACUGUUUCAGAGAUAUGUGCAGCACAAAACGACAUCACUUUAUCAGUGUUUACCGUCACUUCUAAAAGUAUGACGGUGCGCUGGAGUGGACAUACUGGCGCGAGCUCGUAUAAAGUCACAGCGACGCCGAAAAACUCGCCCGAACCGUCGGUGUUCGCACAAUUCAGCGGCAGCACGGUGAUGGGUUCUGUUAACUCUCUGUCACCGAACACCGUGUACAGGAUGCGGGUCGAUGCCAUGGACAACGCGGUGAACGUGCUCAGCAGUGCCGAAACGGAGGAGACAACAGCACCGGAGGUUCCCUUCAUAGAGCAGGCUUACUCGAAACACAGUGACAGCAUCACAGUGGAGUUCGCCCAAGUAUCUGGUGCCACCAGCUACAUCCUCCGGGCGGAGAACGAAGACGGAUUCUUUUCUGAAACUGUGGUGGCAUCUUCCCCUGGGACAGUGAUCAACCUCCAGCCCUAUGCCCAAUACACCCUAAGCGUGAUGUCUGUCAACAGUGGGGGCAGGAGUCAACCCUCCCUCCCCCUGAGUGCUAAGACAGUGGUGGUGGCCCCAGAGCUGAGUUCCUUAUCUCCCAGUAGUGACACCAUCGUGGUAAGCUGGAAUCCAGUGAACCAUGCAGUGUUGUACACUCUGUGUGUGAUCAUGGAGGGAUCAGAUACUCGGGUCAAACUCAACACUUCUCAGACCAACAUAACAUUUGACACCCUUGAGCCUGGCACCACCUACUGCAUCAAGGGCAAUGCCUGGGAUCCCGAUGGUAACCAAGGAGAUGACAUCACCAUCUACCAAAUUACACGACCCCCUGUCCCUGGGGAGGUGCAGGUACUGUUGACACCGGGUCGCUCUAUUGGUCUGGAGGUUGGUUGGCAGUUGGUCCGUGGUGCUGAUUCGUACUUUGCUGUGAGCUCAACGGGUCAGAACUGCAGCUCCUUAGAUGCCUUCUGCAUCAUCAGUCCCCUGAACUGCAGUCAGAACCACACCAUCACCGUCACGGCAUCAAACCAAGCUGGACCCAGUGACCCGUCAACACCAGAGGACCUUCUCACCUUCCCUUGUCCUCCUGAGCUGGUGUGGGUUGAGGAGCCGAGAGCAGGGAACUGUUCCGUCAUCUGGUCUGAGGUUUUGUGGGUGGAUUACUACAUUGCCUACAUGAAAAGAGAUGAUGGUUUAGAGGAACACUGCAACACCACUGGCACGGCCUGCAAUUACGAAUGCACAUGUGGAUACACAUACCUUACAACUGUAUUCGCUUACAACCAGGGUGGGUCAAGCCCACCGGGUCAAAUAGUCAACUAUACAACAAUUCCAUGCUGUCCAGAGGAUGUGUCCGUGUCCCUGAUAUCCACAGAGACGUUAGAGAUCUCGUGGUCAGCGGUUCGAGGAGCUGAGUUAUAUGAAACGAUUGCUGCAGAUGGGACUGAAUUGAUCCACUGCAAUGACACGGCCCCAGUCUGUGCGCUCUCUGAUCUCACCUGUGACAGCCUGUACAGUGUAGUGGUGCGGCCAUGCAGUGAAAUACAAGGAUGCAAUUACACCUGCAGACCACACACACGCCGGACAGCUCCCUGUACCCCUGAGAUACUGAACGUGACUCAAGUGACCUCUUCGAUAGUGCAGGUGUUCUGGACAGCUGCAAACACCCAGGCUAACUACAGCGUGAUUGCCACGGGUCACACCGACUUGCUCUCUUGCUCAUCCAGUGGCACUUCUUGUUACAUCAGCCAUUUGCCCUGCGGAGCCACAUAUGAAAUCAGUGCCUAUGCCAUCACAGAGGCAGGACAGAGCCUGCCCAGCUAUACCAUUCCCCUGGAAACAGGACCAUGUUGUCCUGACACUCUGACAGUGGAACAGGUGACCCAAGCCAUGACGAAUGUGACUUGGUCACACUCUCCGGGGGCACGGUCCUAUGUCACCUCCCUGACAUCACUCAAAGGUCAUGCCAAAUGCCACACCAUGGACACCCACUGCCUAAUGGGAUGCAUCACAUGUGGCACCAACUACAGUGUGUCCCUGGAGGCCAUCAGCAUCACUGGCCACAAAACACUGUGCAAUUACCAUGGUUUCUCUUCAAGCGCGUGUUGUCCAUCCAGUGUGAAACUAUACCGGAUGGUAAACAGCACACUGCGGGUGUACUGGCGCUCUUCCCCUGGCCUGUAUAACUACACUGCUGACCUGUACGGUACCAGGUCCAACUAUACCUGCAAUGCAGCACAAGGGUCCAAUGCAUGUGACGUGUCUGAGAUACUGUGUGGGGAAGUGUACACGGUCGUGGUUGCUCCCUUAACACAGGAUGGUUCGAAAGUCACGUUCUGCCCCAGGAGACUCUACUCAGUUGCCUGUUCCGGAAACACUGUGGGAAUGGUAAUCUAUCGAGGGCGGAGGAGUGUGGACUAG